UGCACAGGCAUUGCAAGAUAGAUUUAGAAGUGCUAGCGGUUGUGGCUUUGAAAUCCUGAUUAUUUCAAGAUGUCGAUGUACAAUUUCAAGAAAAUUACCGUCGUUCCGACGGCAAAGGAUUUCAUUGACAUAGUGUUGUCCAAGACACAACGCAAGACUCCAACGGUCGUCCAUAAACACUACAAGAUCAGCCGGAUCCGUCAGUUCUACAUGCGCAAGGUCAAAUACACACAGCAGAACUACCAUGAUAAACUCAGUCAAAUCAUCAACGACUUCCCGAAAUUGGAGGACGUUCAUCCAUUUUAUGCAGAUCUCAUGAAUGUUCUGUAUGACAAGGAUCAUUACAAGUUGGCUCUGGGACAGAUCAACACAGCACGGCAUCUCAUUGACAACGUUGCCAGAGACUAUGUCCGCCUGCUGAAGUACGGUGACUCCCUGUACCGCUGUAAGCAGUUGAAGCGUGCGGCGAUGGGCCGCAUGUGCACCAUCAUGAAGAGACAGAAUCAGAGCUUGCAGUAUCUGGAGCAGGUCAGGCAACAUUUGUCCCGUCUGCCCUCCAUCGAUCCAAACACGCGUACCCUGCUGCUGUGUGGCUUCCCGAACGUUGGCAAAUCCAGCUUCAUGAACAAGGUAACAAGAGCCGACGUGGAAGUAGAACCCUACGCCUUCACCACCAAGUCCCUCUAUGUGGGCCACAUGGACUACCGCUACCUGCGCUGGCAGGUGGUCGACACGCCAGGCGUUCUGGAUCACCCAUUGGAAGACAGGAACACCAUUGAGAUGCAAGCCAUCACCGCGCUGGCUCACCUACGGGCGGCUAUACUCUACGUGCUGGACGUGUCGGAGCAGUGUGGACACUCUGUGGAAGAGCAGGUGGAGCUGUUUGAGAGUAUACGCCCCCUUUUCUCCAAUAAGCCACUGAUUGUCUGUGCCAACAAGACUGAUAUUGUCACAGUUGAUGAACUGGCACCGGAGAAAAAGGUACUGCUUGAAAAAUUUCAAGAGGACGGGAUUCCCCUGAUCAGCAUGAGUACGGUCACGGAGGAAGGGGUCAUGGAGGUCAAGACAGAGGCUUGUGACCGGCUCCUAGCUCAACGAGUCGACAUGAAAAUGAAGGGCAAGAAAGUCAACGAGGUCCUCAAUCGCCUACGAGUCGCCAUGCCAACACAGAGAGACACAAAGCCGAGGCCUCCAUGCAUACCGGCAGCCAUCGCCAAUCGCUCCAGCAAGCAAGCCAUGGACGUGGACAAGCCCAAACGCAAGCUGUACCGGGACUACGAGCUGGAGGCCGCGGACGACUACAUACUGGAUCUCCAGAAGGAGUGGGACGUCGCCGAGGACGAGAAGGACGACAUCAUCCCCGAGAUCUGGAUGGGGCACAACAUCGCGGACUACGUGGAUCCGGAUAUCGAGGCUAAACUGGAGGAACUGGAACGGGAGGAGGAGUUGAGGGAACAGGCGGGGAUGUACGACGAAGAUGUGUCGUCGGAUGAUGAGGAUAUGAAGCAGAUACGAUCUACAGCCAGAAAGAUUCGUGACAAGAAAAUUCUGAUCAUGAAGGCAUCCAAGGAGAAACGACGCAUCAACAAGCCCCAUAUGCCACGACCAGCCCAACCGGUGAAGAGGAAGCGAUUUGAGCAGGAGAUGGCUGAGCUGGGUGUGGAGCCAGCGGAAGGGGGUCACUAUACACGGGCUCGAUCUCGCAGCAGAACACCGGUGGCACCCAAGAAGCAGCGCACGGACUCGCGGGGCCGAUCUGUCAGCAGUAUGCGCACACCGAGAGAUCUGUCGGGAGUCCGGGACCAGACGCAACAAACCAAGGUCGAGAAGAUGAGGAAAGUGGUGCAGCGCAAGAGCAACAUGUUGGCCAAGAAGGGCGAAGCGGAUCGCAAGAUACCCAGCAAGAUGCCCAAACAUCUGUUUGCUGGCAAGAGAAAAAUGGGAACGACGGGAAGACGCUAAAACUGUGUUUGAACGUCAUGAUAUUCUCUCAUAUUUUUUUUUUAAAAUUCUGUCUCUUACGGUUUCCACAUAUUCCAAUUGUAUUUGUACCCCCCCCCCCAAAAAAAAUGCAGCAAUGUUUGCAUUGUUUGCUUAAAUGUAAAGCAGCCUUACUAUACAUGCACAUUUUCAGUUCAUUGCGUUGUAAGGCCAAUACUUGAGAAUACUCCUAAAUACGUAAUAUUUAAAUAUGUAAUAAACUGGCUGAAAAAGUGGAUGUGGGAAAAGCAGCUUUACUCACAUCUAUUAUUUAUUCAAUCUGCCAUAGAAGUCUUUUAAUUUAGAUCAACUUUAGUGGAUUUAUUAUUUUAUUAAGAAUUGCCUCUGCCCCAUUCUCAAAAACCUCCAAUGCCCCAUUUUUGUCCCCUUUCGGCGUCUGCCACGAAAAAGCUGUUCAAGCUUUAAAGUAGAGCGUAAAAAUGAUAAAAAUUGUCAAUGUUAAAUUUGAAGUGACAUCAUGAUGACAUCUUAUCCAUCGUUCAGUAAUUUUCUAAACAUUUAAAUUAUGAAAAAAAAAACAUUCAAGGUAUUUACGAUCACAUUCAAUAAUCAUUUGCCUGUUAAAGCCUCAUGCUCUCUUCAUGACGGAACUGGGAAAACUUUUCCUUGGAUUUUUAAACACUGUGUGCAGAACAGUUUAACUAAUACCAGUUAGUUGAAUUAUACGUUUCAGCUUCGAUUGUAUUUUAUGACCAUACUAUUCUUUUCAUAUUAUAUCCACUUUUAUUUCAGAACUGUUGAUAAUAAAUGACGAGUACAGAUUAUCAAAUGCAAA